AACAAUCUCACUCGCCAUACUUUUCUCUGUGUGUCCGUAUCACUCAGUCCAUCUUUGGAGCGCGAGGGGGAGCCGAGAGAGACGCCCCACCGUGUGAGACUCACGCUCAACGUUAAACGUGAGAGCCUGCACGAUGGAGAGCUUCAGCGAGCUGCUUCUUAAACUCAGGGAAGUCCAUGAGCGAGAGCUUGAGGGGUGGCAGAUGAAGGUGCAAGAGUUGUCCAACAAAAAGGGCUGCGAUACAAAGCGGAUGGAGGAGCUGUUCACAAAGAACCAACAGAUGAAGGAGCAGCAGAGAUUACUCACCGAAAACAUCAAAACACUUGAGAACAGGCUCAGAGCAGGCCUGUGUGACAGAUGUACAGUCACUCAAGAGGUGGCCAAGAGAAGGCAGCAGGAGUUUGAAGUCUCUCAGAUGCAGACCAUCCAGCACAUCACACUGCUAGCUGGAGAGACAAAUAUCCUAAAAAAGGAAAACAGGAGACUACGAGAUGAGAUCGAGAAUCUAAGAGAAGCAUUAAUCAACACACCUUUGGAAGCCAAACCAAACAUCUCCCCUGACCUUUCACCUUCUUCUGGACCUGUGUCUCUCAUUGGCAUGGCAACCGGGAGGGGCGCCGCCGACCAGCCAAUAGAUGGCAAAGUUGGACUGAAAGCAGACACAAACCAAAGGGCUGAUGAACCUCAGUCUGAAUUUAGACAGCUGCAAGCAAUGACCAAGAGCCACUUUGCUGGAUCAACUUUGACUUCACCAUCCUGGAAGACAGACAAUAGUGCAACACAUGGAGAGAGGAGAUCUCACAUCACAGGAGCCCUGGACCAGCCGCCCCCAGUCCCCUCUCAAGCUCUUCUCCUGAAGACCCCCUCUUCCUCGCUCAAUGCCGACAUGAAUCCAAGCAGACACGCGCUCAAGGCCCCCGUCCCCUGCCGUCCUCAACCAAUAAAGAGCAGUCAUGUUCCCUUUCCUUGGGGUCUACCGGAAUCUUCUGCUUGGGCUUCCUUGGCCGCUUCAGGUACAAACCUGGUGAGGCCCCCUUAUCUAAAAUUGAAUCUUCCUCCUUUUCCCAACUUGGUUGCAACUAGCCAGCACACCGGCCUUUCCAGCAAUCAAGAUCAUGUUUAUGGGUCCCAGUGGCACAAGCAUAGCAGCUCUCAGGGCCCCAUUAAAGAACCGACCGUGGUAUUUAGGGUGAAGAAUCUCUCGGAGCACACAGAGAUUCUGGGUCAGUCCCAGGAGAAAAAGGAAAUACAACCGUUCGGCACCGAAAAGGUUUCUGGGGACGGACUCAGAGAUCUCUGCGAUGGUCCUCUAGAUCUGUCCGAUAGAGGAAAGUCCAAAUCCAGCCAAACACCAAAACAUGAGCUUUCUCUGUUCUCACAAGAGGGAGAUGAUGUAGACAAGAGACUUGACAAGGAAUUGAUGCAGAGUCUUCCCACACAUGGUCAAGUGGCAUCACCUUCUGCUUCUCCAUCUUUGCCGCCACCUUUACCUGUGUUCACACAACCGGAAGAAGUCACGCAACAAAAACACAAGCAGGUGGUAAAAGAGCAUGUGGAGCAGAAUAAAGAGGCAAACGGAAAGACAGAGCAGAACAAUGGGAAGAAGGUGCCUGCCCUCACUAUAUCAUUACGACCAGUAGUGGUGCUGGAGACCCUUCAAAAGCAAGACGCCUUAGCAACAAAUGGAAAGUCACCACCGCCACCAGUUGAGCCGGGAAGCUCAGAGGAACAGGUAGAGGAGGAUGAAGAGGAGGAGGAGGAAGAGGGGAAUGUAUCAGAACAGGAGACCAAGCAUAGCUACAAAAGGAAGAAAUUAUUUAUGGACACAGAAAUGGACCAAGACUCGGACACAGACGCCAUGGGAAAGGCAAAGAAGGUCAAGAUCGCCUUGAGAGCUCAUGAGAAGACCUCCAGCUGACUGGAGUGGACUUGAGUGCUAUCACAUUGAAAAAAAACUCUGAGGACUAAAGGAAUUUACUCGGAAUUGGGGAUACACAAACUAUUACAGUACAUUCAGCAUUUGAUCAUUGAAGUCUUAAAAGACAUUUAGCCAUUUUCAAAGUACAACCCCAAUCUCAAUUAAGUUGCGACAUUGAGUUAAACAUAAAUAAAAAACGGAAUACAAUGAUUUGCAAAUCAUGUUCAACCUAUAUUUCAUUGAAUACACUACAAAGACAAGAUAUUUCAUGUUCAAACUGAUAAACUUUAUUGUUUUUUUCGCAAAUAAUCAUGAACUUAAAUUUUAUGGCUGCAACACGUUCCAAAAAAGCUGGGACAGGGCCAUGUUUACCACUGUGUUACAUCACCUUUUCUUUUAGCAACAUUCAAUAAACAUUUGGGAACGGAGGACGCUAAUUGUUGAAGCUUUGUAGGUGGAAUUCUUUCCCAUUCUUGCUUAAUGUACAGCUUCAGCUGUUCAACAGUCUGGGGUCUCCGUUGUCGUAUUUUACGCUUCAUAAUGCGUCCCACAUUUUCAAUGAGAGACAGGUCUGGACUGCAGGCAGGCCAGCCUCGUACCCGCACUCUUUUAAGACGAAGCCACACUGUUGUAACACGUUCAGAAGAUGGUUUGGCCUUGUCUUGCUGAAAUGAGCAGGGUCGUCCGUGAAAAAGAUGUUGCUUGGAUGGCAGCAUAUGUUUCUCCAAAACCUGUAUGUACCUUUCAGUAUUAAAGGUGCCUUCACAGAUGUGUAAAUUACCUAUGCCAUUGGCACUAACACAGCCCCAUACCAUCACAGAUGCUGGCUUUUGAUUUUUGCGUCCGUAACAGUCCGGAUGGUUCUUUUCCUUUUUGGCCCCGAGGACACGAUGUCCACAAUUUCCAAAAACAAUUAGAAAUGUGGACUCGUCGGACCACAGAACACUUUUCCACUUUUCCUCAGUCCAUCUUAGAUGAGCUCGGGCCCAGAGAAGUCGGCGGCUUUUCUGGGUGUUGUUGAUAAAUGGCUUUUGUUUUGCAUAGUAGAGUUUCAAGUUGCACUUGCGGCUGUAGCGCCGAACUGUAUUUACUGAUGUUGGUUUUCUGAAGUGUUCCUGAGCCCAUGUGGUGAUAUCCUUUACACAUUGAUGUCGCUUUUUGAUGCAGUGCCGCCCGAGGGAUCGAAGGUCACGGGCAUUCAGUGUUGGUUUUCGGCCUUGCCGAUUACAUGCAGUGAUUUCUCCAGAUUCUCUGAACCUUUUGAUGAUAUUAUGGACCGUAGAGGAUGAAAUCCCUCAAUUCCUUGCAAUUGUACGUUGAGGAACAUUGUCCUUAAACUGUUGGACUAUUUUCUCACGCACU